AUGUUUCGUUUGCCCUCAGUCAUGAAGCAGGUGAGGCCCGUGUGCAGGGCGCUGGCUCCUCACCUCACACGAGGCUACGCUAAGGACGUCAAGUUCGGCGCCGAGGCUCGUGCCCUCAUGCUGCAGGGAGUGGACUUGCUGGCCGAUGCCGUGGCUGUCACCAUGGGCCCCAAGGGUCGCAACGUCAUCAUCGAGCAGAGCUGGGGCAGCCCCAAAGUCACCAAGGACGGCGUGACGGUGGCCAAGAGCAUCGACCUGAAGGACAGGUACCAGAACAUCGGCGCCAAGCUGGUGCAGGACGUGGCCAACAACACCAACGAGGAGGCCGGCGACGGCACCACCACCGCCACGGUGCUGGCCCGUGCCAUCGCCAAGGAGGGCUUCGACACCAUCAGCAAGGGAGCCAACCCCGUGGAGAUCCGCCGCGGAGUCAUGAUGGCCGUGGAAACCGUCAUCAACGAGCUGAAAAAUCUCUCCAGACCGGUGACGACCCCCGAGGAGAUCGCACAGGUUGCUACGAUCUCAGCCAACGGAGACGUGGAGAUCGGCACCAUCAUUUCCAACGCCAUGAAGAAAGUUGGCCGCAAUGGAGUCAUCACUGUCAAGGACGGGAAGACUCUGCACGAUGAGCUGGAGGUCAUUGAGGGUAUGAAGUUCGACCGGGGUUACAUCUCCCCUUACUUCAUCAACACAGCCAAAGGUCAGAAGUGUGAGUUCCAGGACGCCUACCUGCUGCUGAGUGAGAAGAAGAUCUCCACCGUCCAGAGCAUCGUGCCGGCGCUGGAGAUCGCCAACCAGAACCGCAAACCGCUGGUUAUUGUGGCCGAGGAUGUGGACGGAGAGGCGCUCAGCACCUUGGUGCUCAACAGGCUGAAGGUGGGGCUUCAGGUGGUGGCUGUUAAAGCUCCCGGCUUCGGAGACAACAGGAAGAAUCAGCUGAGGGACAUGGCCGCCGCCACUGGGGGAACAGUGUUUGGAGACGAGGCUGUGGGUCUGGCUCUUGAAGACAUCCAGGCUCACGACUUCGGUAAGAUCGGCGAGGUGCAGAUCACCAAAGACGACACCUUGCUGCUGAAGGGAGGCGGCAACCCGACCGACAUCGAGCGGCGCGUGGUCGAGAUCGUGGAGCAGCUGGAGAGCACCACCAGCGACUACGAGAAGGAGAAACUCAACGAGAGGCUGGCCAAGCUGUCUGACGGAGUGGCUGUGCUCAAGAUCGGAGGAACAAGUGAUGUGGAGGUGAAUGAGAAGAAGGACCGCGUGACCGAUGCCCUGAACGCCACGCGGGCCGCUGUGGAGGAGGGAAUCGUACCAGGCGGAGGCUGCGCUCUGCUGCGCUGCAUCCCAUCACUCGAUACCAUCAAAACGAUCAACGCUGACCAGAAGAUCGGUGUCGAGAUCAUCAGGCGGGCGCUCCGUAUUCCCGCCAUGACCAUCGCUAAGAAUGCCGGCGUGGAGGGUGCGCUCGUGGUGGAGAAGAUCCUGCAGGGAUCGGCUGAGGUCGGCUACGACGCCAUGCUGGGAGAGUACGUCAACAUGGUGGAGAAGGGCAUCAUCGACCCCACCAAGGUGGUGAGGACGGCCCUGAUGGACGCUGCAGGAGUCGCCUCCCUGCUCGCCACCGCCGAGGCCGUGGUCACGGAGAUCCCCAAGGAGGAGAAGGAGAUGCCAGGAGGCGGUGGCAUGGGAGGCAUGGGAGGCAUGGGCGGCAUGGGCGGCAUGGGUUUCUAAGCCGAUCCUCCUGACUUGCUGUACAGACUUAAUACAGGCAGAGUGGUGCUGGUGGGGGGAGGUGACUGGGGAAAACUGCACCCACCUCCACCAAACUUUGCCCCAAACUGACCGGCCAUGAUGUUGGAGCUGCAAACAUUUGACGACCCCUCCAUCCCCACUUUCCACCACUUCACACGUUUCUGCCUCUUCGUCCAGGGGGAGCCUGAUACCGAGGACGAGAGCUCAUCAAGCCCAGUUUACUGUACUCUAAAGGCGGAAACACUCGACGGAGAGAAUAAUACUUCUACAGAUUUCAUAGUACACAUAUUGUUGAUGCUCUGUAUUACUGCAAAGAGAGCCCAAGAAAAGAAUAGCCAGGAUUGUGUCCGUCCUUUUUUUUAUUUUGUCAUAGUAUUUUGUUAAUUCUUGUUUUGUUUUUUUAUAUAUAAUAUAUCUGUAGUGUUUUGUUUGUCCCGGCUAAGUUCUGUGAAUUAAAUCCUGUCAUUUGAUUUAAUUAAACCAAUUUACUUACAGAGCUUUGAGCAUUUUCUGUGACUUUUGCGUUUUGUGUCCGUGAUAUCACGAUAAUAAUGGCUGAUUGGAUGUGUGAGGUGCGGUCAAAGUUACAAAGCAGUUUGGAUCAGUCAUGGUCUCGGCUACAAAGUUUAAAUGUGAAAAUCUGUGGUGUCGUGCUGUUAAACAUCUUCAUUUCUCCCCUCAUACGCUUCAAUGAUAAAAGAACUACAGUAUAUAGAUAUACUUACAUGAAUCAGGAUGUUAUUCCUUCACAAAAUGGCAAAUAGCAGCAAUCAUUUGACUUAUGUACGAUGUAGACGAUUUAUGGUGAUUUUCUUUUUUUUAUUUAAUAAAUUCAAUUGUUCAGAUGUG